AGUUGGCCAGCUCUCGACCAUGAGUUUUGCUGAAAAUAGGUUUCGACGCUCGACACGCAUCCUCCGGUGGUCCGGCGCUUGGUUCAUCCAAGAUGCAACGAACUCCCCCGGUCGCGCACCUUUGAAAAGAACGCUGACUCGUCCUUACACCUGGUACUCAGCCCUAUGCCUGUCAACCUUGUUCAUCAUCGAGUCCGGCCUCAUCUUUUGGACUCUCCUCUUCAGCUUCGGCAUGCGCAAGAUGUUCUUGAACACGCUCUAUGUUGUCCUCCACUGCACGGUGGUAACCAAGACUUUCCUAAGCGUCCUCUCGCUCUCUCUCAAUGCGAAGAAGUUCAAAAAGCUCAUGGGCAAGGCACGUCACUUUGAGACGUCGCGCAGCUUCCGGCCUCUGCCACAAGAGAAGCGGCUUAUAAGCAAGGGUGCCCUGCGCAUCUGGGGGCAAGGAAUACUGAUCCUCGUGUUUGUGAUUAUCCGCAACAUGGACAUGAUGUACAUGGUGGACAUACGGAGCAUACCGCUUCUGAUUGUGCUCAACCUGGUGCUCGGAUCGGCCAGCGUGCUGCUGGUGGUUUACGACGGUGCGUACAGCACCGUGCUGAAGGCCCUGGUCGAGAUCUUCCUUGCCUACCUCCAGAAGGCUGUGUACACGCUCAAGACGUCACGUCAUGUCACCGGCUCUACGGCCACCACCAUGCUAGAAGCCUGCCGCCUGGACGUCAACUACAUACAGGGGAUGAUCCGAUACACGAACCGCAUCCUGAGAAUCGCCAUCAUGGUGGCCUACGGCGGAAAUCUGGUCAUGCUGUGUGGCAUCGCCUACUGCCUCGUUGAUCCCACGUCAACAUGGUCGCUGCGCAUCUUCUGCUUCUGCUACGGGUUUCUCAUCACUCUCGACAUGGUUGACGUCGGAUUCCUCGUCGAGUCACUCAAGCUGCAGACAUCGAAGAUGAAAUGGACCCUUCAGUCAAUGAACUUCCUCGGGCUGCCUGACAGCUUUUCGAAGCAGGUGCGCUUCCUCCACGACUGCCUGGACUCGGAUCAAAUGUGCUUGAGCGCCUGCGGUUUCUUCAAGGUCAACCUGACGCUCCUCGUGUCGCUGAACAAGAAAGAGGACAAGGAAAUAGGUGUGUCACAGGUUCUGGUGCUAGGAGAGAACGUGGAACUUCCUGAUAAAGAACUUCCUGCUCAAGAAGGGGCCGAAGUUCAGUCUUGA